CUUAGUGUGUGUGUGUGUAUGUGUGUGUUUGGGUGUGUGUCUGUGUGUACACAGACGUCCACUAGCUAACUCAGCUGCAGGAGCAGUCCCUGGAAGCAGACGUUUCGGCCACAGACCCAGAGAGGAGGAGCUGACAAUCAGGAGGCGUGAGCCGCCAGGAGUCUGCAGAAUUCGUGGUGUGAAUGAACUGGGGGCAUCUUGGGCACAGGGAUUGCCCCCCCUCCUUCCCCGCCUCGGGCCACAGUUGAGUAGUGGGGCAUUUUUUUUCACCUUCUUGUGAAGAAUUUUUUUUUAUUAUUUGUUGUAAAGUCUUUUGCACAAUCACGCCCACAUUUGGGGUUGGAAAGCCCUAAUUACCGCCGUCGCUGAUGGACGUUAGAGAGGGAGCGCCUCGCCGCGGAACAGUCGCCUGCGCGCCCUCGUCGGACCCGCGGCUCCUGCACUGUGUCCCCGCUCGGCCCUGCGCUUGCUGCUCGCCCGCGCGCGCCGGCGCCCUCUCGGUUCCUGGGCACAUUUCCACGCUAUACCAGCUCCUCGGUCCGAGCCCGGGCGCCAGUGCUCGCUUCCGCUCCGGGUCGCUGCGCCCACCCGACGCGCCCAGGAGGACUCCGCAGUCCUGCUUUGGAUCGUCCCCCAAGGCUUAACCCCGACGCUUCGCUUGAAUUCCUCGGCAGCCUUCACUCGGGUGGCGACUUCCUCUCCGCGCCCCCUCCCCCUCGCCAUGAAGAAGCCCAUUGGAAUAUUAAGCCCGGGAGUGGCUUUGGGGACCGCUGGAGGUGCCAUGUCUUCCAAGUUCUUCCUAAUGGCUUUGGCCACGUUUUUCUCCUUCGCCCAGGUUGUUAUAGAAGCUAAUUCUUGGUGGUCUCUAGGUAUGAAUAACCCUGUUCAGAUGUCAGAAGUAUAUAUCAUAGGUGCACAGCCUCUCUGCAGCCAACUGGCAGGACUUUCUCAAGGACAGAAGAAACUCUGUCACUUGUAUCAGGACCACAUGCAGUACAUUGGAGAAGGUGCGAAGACAGGCAUCAAGGAAUGCCAGUACCAGUUCCGGCAUCGGAGAUGGAACUGCAGCACAGUGGACAAUACUUCUGUCUUUGGCAGGGUGAUGCAAAUAGGCAGCCGAGAGACGGCCUUCACGUACGCGGUGAGCGCAGCUGGAGUGGUGAACGCCAUGAGCCGAGCAUGCCGGGAGGGCGAGCUGUCUACCUGUGGCUGCAGUCGUGCUGCGCGCCCCAAGGACCUGCCUCGGGACUGGUUGUGGGGCGGCUGCGGGGACAACAUCGACUAUGGCUACCGCUUCGCCAAGGAGUUCGUGGACGCUAGAGAAAGGGAACGAAUCCAUGCCAAGGGCUCCUAUGAGAGCGCACGCAUCCUCAUGAACUUACACAACAAUGAAGCAGGCCGCAGGACAGUAUACAACCUGGCAGAUGUAGCCUGUAAGUGUCAUGGAGUGUCUGGCUCGUGUAGCCUCAAGACGUGCUGGCUGCAGCUCGCGGACUUCCGGAAGGUGGGCGAUGCCCUCAAGGAGAAGUAUGAUAGCGCAGCAGCCAUGAGGCUCAACAGCCGGGGCAAGCUGGUGCAGGUCAACAGUCGCUUCAACUCCCCGACCACACAGGACCUGGUCUACAUCGAUCCAAGUCCGGACUACUGUGUGCGCAACGAGAGCACUGGCUCACUGGGCACACAGGGACGCCUGUGCAACAAGACCUCAGAGGGGAUGGAUGGCUGCGAGCUCAUGUGCUGUGGGCGUGGCUAUGACCAAUUUAAGACCGUGCAGACCGAACGCUGUCAUUGCAAGUUUCACUGGUGCUGCUAUGUCAAAUGCAAGAAGUGCACGGAGAUUGUGGAUCAGUUCGUGUGCAAAUAGUGGUGUGCCUGCCCUUCACCCAGUCCCACUCCCAGGACCCACUUAUUUAUAGAAAGUACAGUGCUUCUGGUUCUUUUUAUUUCUCCCCCAAGAAUUGCAGCUGGAACCAUGUGUUGUUGUUGUUGGUUUUUUUUUUUUUUUUUCUUUUCUGUUACCAUCUAAGAACUCUGUGGUCUAUUAUUAAUAUUAUAAUUAAUAUUUGGCAAUAGUGGGGGAAACUAAGAAAAAUAUUUAUUUUGAGGAUCUUUGCAAAGUUAGUACAAAACUUCUUUCUUCUGAUGCUACAGGAUAAAGGGGAAAAACCAUGUAUUCGAACUUAUCUGUGCAGUUGGGGUUCACAUCUAGAAGGUGUAGGAGCUAUUUUCUUCUUAAACAGAGAGUCCUUUGAGAUGGGUGGUAUCCAGGUGAAAGAGGAGGUACAGACCUAUGAAUGACAGUUCCUGUGACCAAAAUAAAAUGCAGGUGCUCUGGUACAAAAGAUCUUAAAUAUAGCUAUAUUAAGUAUACAUAUAUGCCAAAAAUACAGAAUAUGAGACACUCCCUAACCCAGAGCUUACUAGCCUGGUUUUUGUUUUUGUUUUUGUUUUGUUUUUGUUUUUGUUUUGGUGUGUGCAUGUGUAUUUCUAGAAUGAUCUUUUAGAAGGUACAAGCAAGAAUCUCAUAUCUUCAGAAGCAGGCAUAUCAUGUAUAUUACUAUGUCCCACCUUCAGAUACUCCAUUCAUGGAU